CGGUGUUGGCUACCUCUAGAAAUUACAUUACCAUUCCUCUCACGCUUUCCGCUUCCUAGCAUCUUCAACCCAGUCACUUCGCGAUUAUGGCUGAACCUGAGGAUGUUGAGGAAGACCUCUUCGCCGAUUUGUACGAUGCCGACGACACUACGGCUCACACGACGUCUGUUGUAGAGCCUCCACAAGUUUCAGACCCUAUCACCGCCGCUCCACCGGUUCCCGCGACUGAACCGCAUACGCAAUAUGCGGAUCAGCACCAUGGUGAUGUUGAAGUGGGCGGAUCCUAUCAUUAUUCCCACCAGCCUGGCAAUCAUGUGGGAGGAGAAAACGGAGGCGCUGGCUUUCCGAACCCUUUGGCCACUCCAGUGGGCGACUCCGAACCUCAGGGGACCGGAAUCAAAGAAGACGGCGAGACAUGAGCGAUUCUUGCACACUAUUCAUCGGGGCCCCAUCCAGCCCCAACAAUGGUUAUUGAAAGUCGAUUGAGUUUCGGGGUCUUGGUGCUGUGUGCGAAAGGGUCAGGUUCCAGUCAAGGAUUUCUCCUGUUUUGGGUCGAUCGUGGUUUCUAGAUGGAAAAGACAUCUCGGCCUUGAACAAAAAAUUUGAUAUUAAGAGGAUAUCCUCGCUGGCGAUGUUGAAUUUCGUCUAGUACUCACCCC